AUGUUUUGGUUUAUAAUUAUUUCAAUAACAGAUGUGAAUACAUUAACUGCUGUUGGUGCUAACAUGCCUGGUGUAGGUCACAGUCAACAAUAUGUUAAUUUAAUUAGACAAACACCUCCAUGCGGUACUCCACAUAAACCUUGGGAUAGUUAUGCAACACUUGAUCCUGUCACUGGAUGUCCAAUCGGUAACGCACAGAUUUCAACAGACCUUGGUCAACAUUCAUAUAUUACUAAUCAAUCAUAUAAUACUUUAACAAAUACGCUAAAAGCUAUUAUCAGUUUUGUACAAGAUACAACUGGCCUGAUGCUUAGUUUUCGUAAUACAAGUGGUUUUGGUUUACAAGAUAUAGUUUUAUUACAAUCGGGUCAUAAUUUAACCUCAAAAUCAAACAUAACUAAUUUGUUCUUAGCACAUUUAUCACGUUUUAGUUUAAUACGUUUUAUGUAUUCCACAAGCACAAAUGGAAAUUCUGAGAGAAUUUCGUUUCUCCCGACAAACUCGAUGUUUCUGCUGAAGAACAUCAUCGUUUCCCCUGAGAAAUUCGAUGUUUCUCAAGAAGAACUGCAUUGUUUGCCGUGA